GCUGCGCGGGCCGCGGCCCCUCUGCUGCCCCUGCGCGGCGGCGCCCCUUCCCCGCUCGGCCGCGCGCUGUUGUCAUGGAGGAACCAAGAUGGCGGCCCUGGCCUACUCCCUGGGCAAGCGCGAGAUCAACCACUACUUCAGCGUGAGGAGCGCCAAGCUGCUGGCGCUGGGGGCCGUGCUGCUGCUCGCCGCGUGCCACCUCGCCUCCCGCCGCUACCGAGGCAAUGAUUCCUGUGAGUAUCUUCUCUCAAGUGGCAGAUUUCUGGGGGAGAAAGUUUGGCAACCUCAUAGUUGUAUGAUGCAUAAAUACAAAAUCAGUGAAGCAAAGAACUGCCUUCUAGAUAAACACAUUGCAUUUAUUGGUGAUUCCAGAAUUCGUCAAUUGUUUUAUUCUUUUGUAAAAAUUAUUAAUCCCCAAUUCAAAGAAGAAGGAAAUAAGCAUGAAAAUAUUCCCUUUGAAGAUAAAAUUGCAUCGGUUAAAGUGGAUUUUUUUUGGCAUCCAGAAGUUAAUGGUUCUAUGAAACAGUGUAUCAAAGUGUGGACAGAGGAUUCUGUCACAAGACCUCAUGUCAUUGUAGCAGGAGCUGCCACGUGGUCUAUCAAGAUUCAUAAUGGUAGCAACGAAGCGCUUUCUCAGUAUAAAAUGAAUAUUACCUCUAUAGCACCACUUUUAGAAAAAUUGGCAAAGACAAGUGAUGUUUAUUGGGUCCUUCAAGAUCCAGUUUAUGAAGAUCUUUUAAGUGAAAAUAGGAAAAUGAUAACCAAUGAGAAGAUAGAUGCCUACAAUGAAGCUGCAGUCAGUAUUUUAAAUAGUAGUGCCAGAAAUUCGAAAUCAAAUGUGAAAAUGUUCAGUGUUUCCAAAUUAAUUGCUCAAGAAACUAUCAUGGAAUCUUUGGAUGGUUUACAUCUACCUGAAUCAAGCAGAGAAACUAGUGCAAUGAUUCUCAUGAACGUGUAUUGCAAUAAGAUUUUGAAGCCUGUAGAUGGUUCCUGUUGUCAACCUCGGCCUCCUCUUACUCUCAUACAGAAACUAGCUGCUUGUUUUUUCAGUUUAUCUAUUAUCGGGUACUUAGUUUUUUAUACAGUACAUCGUAAUACUUAUCGGAAGAAUAAACCUUGCACCGAUUUAGAAAGUGGAGAGGAAAAGAAAAAUAUUAUAAAUACUCCCACGUCUCCACUAGAAAUACUAUUACAAUCUCUCUGCAAACUUGGCCUGAUUAUGGCUUAUUUCUACAUGUGUGACCGUGCAAAUCUAUUUAUGAAGGAAAAUAAAUUUUACACACAUUCAACUUUCUUUAUUCCAAUUAUCUACAUCUUGGUUUUAGGAGUUUUUUACAAUGAAAAUACUAAAGAGACUAAAGUAUUAAAUAGAGAACAGACAGAUGAAUGGAAAGGCUGGAUGCAACUUGUAAUUUUGAUUUAUCAUAUCUCUGGAGCAAGUACAUUUUUGCCUGUGUACAUGCACAUUCGAGUGCUAGUUGCUGCAUAUUUAUUUCAGACUGGGUAUGGACAUUUCUCAUAUUUCUGGAUCAAAGGAGACUUUGGAAUCCACAGAGUAUGUCAGGUCUUGUUUCGUCUCAAUUUCCUGGUAGUGGUAUUAUGUAUUGUGAUGGAUCGGCCUUAUCAAUUCUAUUACUUUGUCCCAUUGGUCACUGUAUGGUUCAUGGUCAUAUAUGUUACUUUGGCACUUUGGCCACAAAUAAUUCAAAAAAAAGCAAACGGAAAUUGUUUCUGGCAUUUUGGCUUACUGUUGAAACUAGCCUUCUUGCUGUUAUGUAUAUGUUUUUUGGCAUAUUCUCAGGGUGCAUUUGAGAAGAUCUUUUCUCUUUGGCCACUGUCCAAGUGUUUUGAACUAAAAGGGAAUGUAUAUGAAUGGUGGUUCCGAUGGAGGUUAGACCGUUACGUAGUCUUUUACGGAAUGUUGUUUGCUUUUAUUUACCUGUCAUUACAAAAGCGUCAAGUGCUUUCUGAAGGAAAGGGAGAACCUCUUUUUUCAAACAAAAUUUCAAAUUUUUUGUUGUUUAUUUCAGUGGUUUCUUUCUUGACUUACUCCAUCUGGGCUAGCAGUUGUAAAAACAAAGCAGAGUGCAAUGAACUUCACCCAUCUGUUUCUGUGGUGCAGAUUUUAGCCUUCAUCCUAAUAAGGAAUAUUCCUGGAUAUGCUCGCUCAGUUUACAGCUCAUUUUUCGCUUGGUUUGGAAAAAUUUCAUUAGAGCUAUUUAUUUGUCAGUAUCAUAUAUGGCUGGCAGCAGACACAAGAGGUAUCUUGGUCCUCAUCCCUGGAAAUCCAAUGCUCAACAUCAUCGUCAGCACUUUCAUAUUUGUUUGUGUGGCCCAUGAAAUUUCUCAGAUCACAAAUGAUCUUGCUCAGAUUAUUAUUCCUAAAGAUAACUCAUCUCUGCUAAAAAGGUUAGCAUGUGUAGCUCUAUUUUUUUGUGGACUCCUCAUCUUAUCUUCCAUUCAAGACAAAUCAAGACAUUAAGGUUCCUAAUGUCCAUUACAAAGAAACUCUUCCGGCUCCAUGUGCUUAGAAGAGAAAGCAUCUGGGGAUAUAAAUGCAUAUGUAAAUAAAAAUGUAUGUGGCAAGAAGACUGCUCAUUAACAUUUGUUAACAUGUGUGGUUGUAUAUAUUAGAAAUGUAAUAUCCAAUGUGACAUACUAAAAAGUUUUGAUGAAGCAGAGUGCAUUGCAUAGGAUUGCAUGUGAAGUCUUUUCUACCUGUCUUUCCAUCUACAAAUGCUUUUGAGUUAAUAGAAGAUGGCAGGAAAAUAAUUACCUUUCCAGUGAAAAGUUCUGAUAAUUUGAUUAGUUUAGUGACACUACUGAGUGUUUUGAUAUUUACUAAAUUUGUGGUAAUAAGAUUGUCUACAACUAUAUUCAUCAUGGAAUUUUUUCAUUGAAAAUUUUCUUACUCAAGAGUGAUUACAGUGUUGUUUUCUUAUCAUAUGUGCAAUGAUGUGGAAUGCUAAACAGUUUGCCUUUAAUUUAUAUAUAUUCGUGUUCUGAUGUUAUAAGUUUCCGGACUUGAUUUUUCUUCCACAUAUGGUUUUAAUGUAUAUAAGCCUGCCUUGUACAUUUUCUCAUGGAAUUAUUCUAGACUUCAUAAUAGAGUUUUGUCAUUGUUCAUAUUUCUUUUCAGAAAAGCCAAAUUUUCUUUCUAAUGUAAGCAUUCACUUGUUUCCUUUUCUUAAUCUUUACUGGAAAAUAUCAGUUACCCUAUAAAUCCAUUUAAUAUGCUUUCCCCUGAUUAAUUUUUAUAUUAUUUCCAAUGUUUGGAAAGCUCUUUAUAACUGUUUUGGUACUUCUUGUUAAUCCCUCCUAUUUUUAAAAAAAUAUUUAUCAAUAUAAACUUGUGUAGUAUAAUAAAGAUUCAGGUUGUUAUGAUUGUGAUGUUGACCAUAGUAGAAUUUUAGGUAAACUGGUGAUUUGGGGCAAUACAUGUAUUUGGUUUUGUUUUUUUUUUUUGUUGUUGUUCCAGGCAGUUAGAGGUAUACGUUUAUUUAUCUGUUGUACAGAUUUGUUUAUGACUUUUAAUGUUUUAAAGAUUGCACUUGUUUGCUUUUACUGUGUAUGGGGUAAAUUUAUAUUUUCUGUUCAUGGUACAUGAAAUUAUGAAGUAAUUUAAACAGCAAAUAAACGUUCUGUGGAUGAUUAUUUUUGUAUUGGCAAAGAAUCGAUUAAACUUUGUGUUCAUUUUUGUUAAA